GGACUUGCCGUCGCCGCCCUCUCCCCGUAAUCCCCUUGCGCCGCCGCUGGAUCCGAACCACCAGGCCCGGCUCAGCUCCCUCGAGAAGGACGCACACCUGCUCCCCUUCGCGCGAUGGCGAACCCGAUGUACGGCUCCGGGCCGCUUCGGUCCAGGAACGCGUCGAGCUCCGACGAGAUCCAGCUGCGGAUCGACCCGGUGCACGGCGAUCUUGACGAGGAGAUCGAUGGGCUGCACUCGAGGGUUCGCCUGCUGAAAGGCGUUGCGCAAGAGAUAAACUCGGAGGCCAAGUUCCAGAAUGAUUUCCUCAACCAACUGCAAAUGACCCUUAUGAAAGCACAGGCUGGAGUGAAGAAUAACAUGAGAAGGAUGAACAAGAGCAUCAUCCAGCAGGGCUCCAAUCAUAUCGUCCAUGUUGUCCUUUUUGCUCUCUUAUGCUUCUUUGUUGUCUAUCUUUUGUCAAAGUUUUCUAGAAGAUAAGUUCUGUUAGGGGAAAUCAGAUCAACUCAAAUGUACCCUGAGCUGUAUGUAGUGUCAAAACUGAGCUGGGCCUGUUAAUACAUGUCUCGAACUGAAUGUACUAGAAAAGGCUGCAUUUGGUCACAUGGGAUUUGAAUUGAAAAGCUAUAGUUAUACAACCUAUUGGCUUGUAGCUCAGUACUGGUGUUGAAUGAAAUACAAGGUCAUGUCUGAACCAGAUUAUUUGUUU